AUGGGCUUUGUAGGACCUUUUGCAAACGUAUGGACCGGCCGAGGAGACAUUGCGCGUGCCUGGGCAACCUUCCGGAAUCGCGGGGCGGUUCAGAUCUCAGACUGGGAGCUCGCCGAGUGGAUGACCUACGGCGAAGCUUCAACUCGAUCAACCGCCGAUUGGCAUGCUGAUUGGGAAGCCCACCUGGACCAAAUGGCAAUCGACAACUGGAUGCAAGGCACAGGACUUUCUCUACACGAUCGUGAUGACGGAUUUGCACUCCUGUCAUGGCGCCAUCUUCGAGGCGCCACCAAGCAAAAGCCUUUCAACGUGGCCACAUCACUCAACAAUACUUUGCACACCUGGGACACCGACUUCUACUUUGCGCCGACGAACAAUAGCUUCUCACUUGGUGCGGUGCACCGACCCAUGCACGUGGCUUACAGCCCCACCAAGCAAGCGUCUGUUCGCAGAGACCUCGUCAAACGACAGGGCAACUGCGGAUCCUCGGGCUCCGAGUGGGUGGGCCUCAAUGACAAUGGCGGCUACUGGACCUGUAGGACGCAGAAUUCAGCUACAGAGCCCUGGACAACCUACGAGACUAAUGCGUGGCCGAACGAGGGUCAAUUCGAUGCGGUCGACUCGGACAUCGGUGGAGAGUAUGCUUACAACAACGGACUGAAAGAUCUUGCCGCCGACAUCUCCAACUCGGCCGGAGAUUCUAACUGGAAGCGCUCUUGCCUCGAGGUCUAUUCAUCCGGCAACCAGAUCGCAAAUGGCUUUUGGCAGAUCGGUCCCAAUAAUGAUCACGAUAAUGGCCUUGGUGAUUGCUGA